AUGGCGUCUGAGCAGCAGGGGGGUGAUGAGUCCUCUCUCCCCAGGGAAGAGGCUGUGUGCCCGGGCUGUCAGGGCUCAGGGCCCCUGGUCCUGCCGUGUGGUCACAGCCUGUGUGAAGCCUGCCUGGGGCUGUGUGAGGGUGAGCUGGGCCAGGGUGGCUGUACGGUCUGCUACGGCAGAGACCUGCUGGACUGUGUCCUGAAGAGACUGCUGGACUCCCUGUUCCAAGGGCAACCGCGGCGGGCCAGAGAUGGAGGGUUAGAGGAUGGGAGCGGGGUGCUGUGUCCACUACACGGGGAGAGGCUGACGUUGUUUUGUGUGGAGGACGAGGAGAUGGUGUGUGUGGAGUGUCAGAGCGAGGAGCACGACGACCACGAGUGUUGUCCCGCGGAGGAGGCCGCGCACGACUGCAAGGUGAGAGUGUUGUGACUGACUUCCUACACAGAUAUACUCAGAGACGAAAGCAGAAUUCAGAGUCCACAAACGCAGAGCUGCGAUAGUCCAGCGGCCAAAUUGUGACAUAGCUACAACUGGUCCUCGGGGAAGUAUAGACCAGCUGCACACCUUCCCAACACUCCCAACCAACGCGGCUCCAUGUACGCGGCUCCUAUUCAUUUGAAUGUGGUGACGGUUGGACAAAUCGCAUGAGCCACUCUGAGAAUUCCAAAAGUAUGAAAGCCAACAGUCCAAUAUUCUUAGAACACAAGUUUUUGGACUCUGAUAAGCACUUUACUACUCCGACUAACUACUUGUACUGCAGCCAUGGAAUGGAAGGUGAUAGACAUAGGGGAGAGUGGGGUAAGUGGAGCCGUGUUUUUACAUUCAGCAUCACUCUGUCAAGAUAAAUAUAAUAUUCUUCCUAACAAAGAUAUCAACGUAUAUUUCAAGAUUGUGUGCAUCCCUGGAAAUAAUCAGAAUUAAUGUAAACAUUACAGUUUUGAAAAUAUAGCUUGUCCCCCCAAAAAAAGUGGUCUCUUGGCACACCUUACCCCGGGUAUGGGGUGAGUUGAGCUGUGGGACAGGGUAAGUUAAGCCCGGGUAUGGGGUGAGUUGAGCUGUGGGACAGGGUAAGUUAAGCCCGGGUAUGGGGUGAGUUGAGCUGUGGGACAGGGUAAGUUAAGCCUGGGUAUGGGGUGAGUUGAGCUGUGGGACAGGGUAAGUUAAGCCCGGGUAUGGGGUGAGUUGAGCUGUGGGACAGGGUAAGUUAAGCCCGGGUAUGGGGUGAGUUGAGCUGUGGGACAGGGUAAGUUAAGCCCGGGUAUGGGGUGAGUUGAGCUGUGGGACAGGGUAAGUUAAGCCCGGGUAUGGGGUGAGUUGAGCUGUGGGACAGGGUAAGUUAAGCCCGGGUAUGGGGUGAGUUGAGCUGUGGGACAGGGUAAGUUAAGCCCGGGUAUGGGGUGAGUUGAGCUGUGGGACAGGGUAAGUUAAGCCCGGGUAUGGGGUGAGUUGAGCUGUGGGACAGGGUAAGUUAAGCCCGGGUAUGGGGUGAGUUGAGCUGUGGGACAGGGUAAGUUAAGCCCGGGUAUGGGGUGAGUUGAGCUGUGGGACAGGGUAAGUUAAGCCCGGGUAUGGGGUGAGUUGAGCUGUGGGACAGGGUAAGUUAAGCCCGGGUAUGGGGUGAGUUGAGCUGUGGGACAGGGUAAGUUAAGCCCGGGUAUGGGGUGAGUUGAGCUGUGGGACAGGGUAAGUUAAGCCCGGGUAUGGGGUGAGUUGAGCUGUGGGACAGGGUAAGUUAAGCCCGGGUAUGGGGUGAGUUGAGCUGUGGGACAGGGUAAGUUAAGCCCGGGUAUGGGGUGAGUUGAGCUGUGGGACAGGGUAAGUUAAGCCCGGGUAUGGGGUGAGUUGAGCUGUGGGACAGGGUAAGUUAAGCCCGGGUAUGGGGUGAGUUGAGCUGUGGGACAGGGUAAGUUAAGCCCGGGUAUGGGGUGAGUUGAGCUGUGGGACAGGGUAAGUUAAGCCCGGGUAUGGGGUGAGUUGAGCUGUGGGACAGGGUAAUUAAGCCGCCAACAAAUUUCUGUACUGAAUGAAAUAUUACCACUACCUUUUUUAAAAGCAUGUCAAAUGUUUUUUCUAACAAAUCAUUUUAUUUUAAGCAUCUUUGAACAGAGGCUUAACACCUUACAAACACUUUGUUAACAUGGGCCAGGCCCUGUUGUUACCUCAUAUCCCAGCGAUAAUGACUUGCAUUACGCCUGGGAAGAAAACACUUCAAUUUGCUCAACUUACCAUUGGCUCAAAUAUUUUGACUACAUGGUCCUCUGUAGCUCAGCUGGUAGAGCACAGCGCUUGUAACGCUAAUGUAGUGGGUUCGAUUCCCGGGACCACCCAUACACAAAAAAAAAAUAUAUGCACGCAUGACUGUAAGUCGCUUUGGAUAAAAGCGUCUGCUAAAUGGCAUAUUAUUAUUAUUAUUUAUUAGCCCACACAGCUACACGGAUGCACUUUCAUGCUAGGUUUAGGAGCUCAUAUUGAAGCUUACAGACACCCCAACUGAUGUAUAGAACAAUCUUUAAAUUAUCUACUUUGGUUUAGAUACAAGCAUAUGAAACCUCUAACAGAAUAACUGAAAUUGACUUGGUGAAAUUUUUUGGACCUAACUUUUUUACCAUUUUUUCCUUGUGGUUUCUACCUUCACAGACUCCAUGAAAUUAUGACCACUACGAUUUUUGUAUGAUUUCCCAGAAACAAGGGUGGCUCAACUUACCCCACUCUCCCCUACAGUACAACUGAUCUGAUGUGGAUGUUAGAAACCCUGAACAAGUAGUAUGGAGACACCUGUAUUUUGUAUGCCUUUGGUUGAUCACUGUCACCCAUACUGUAUGUGUAUGUUGACUUACCCCUGAACUCUGACCCCAGAGGGAGCUGACCUCUGCCCUGAGACCUCUACAGGAGAAGCUGGAGGCUCUGAACACCGUCAAACAGACCUGUGAGGAGUCAGCUGAACACAUCAAGGUUAGAUGGGGUCAAAAGGCAUCAGAUCCAUCCGAUAGACAGAACCAUGGAUCAUUUCUGGGUUUUAGUGUGACUUGUUGUGUGUCAUACCAUUGAUCAAAUAUACUUACAUCAGGACUGUGAAAUGGUAACAGCACAAUAACUGGGAUUGAUGUUGAAACAGUUCAGAUCUAGUAGAAGUACAUUAUCAUUGAAAUCAUACAGUAGAUCUAGAGAAGUACAUUAUCAUUGAUAUCAGACAGUAGAUCCAGUAUAUUAUCAUUGAUAUCAUAUAGUAGAUCCAGUACAUUAUCAUUGAUAUCAUACAGUAGAUCCAGUAGAAGUACAUUAUCAUUGAUAUCAUACAGUAGAUCCAGUAGAAGUACAUUAUCAUUGAUAUCAUACAGUAGAUCCAGUAGAAGUACAUUAUCAUUGAUAUCAUACAGUAGAUCCAGUACAUUAUCAUUGAUAUCAUAUAGUAGAUCCAGUACAUUAUCAUUGAUAUCAUACAGUAAAUCCAGUACAUUAUCAUUGAUAUCAGACAGUAGAUCUAGUAGAAGUACUGUACAUUAUCAUUAAUAUCAUUUCCUGAGCUACACCUAAUUCCACCUGAUAAGCUGCUAAAGUAUUGAUAGAGAUGAAGUCAUUGUGAUUCUGAUAUCACCUCCAUCUCUUCUUCCUCCCUCCUGUAUCUCCAUCUUUCAUUCCGUCUUCAUCCUGUCGUCCCCCCUUUACCCCUGCAGAGCCAGGCACAGCAGACUGAGCGUCUGGUGCAGCAGGAGUUUGAGAAGCUGCACCAGUACCUCCGAGACGAGGAGGCUGCUGUGAUCUCUGCUCUGAAGGACGAGGAGGAGGAGAAGAGCCAGAGGAUGAGGGACAGGAUAGACGGAAUAACAGACCAGAUCAACUCUCUAGCCGAGGCCAUCGAGGUGACGGUGGAGGCCAUGGACACUGACGAUGACGUAUCCUUCCUCAAGGUACGGACUCAUCAGAGAACAAGUUCAUGAUAUGAAAAGAGGUUGUAAUAUAAGGAUAUUGUUGUUUGCUUUUCAAGUAAGAUGUCUCCUUUUCCAUUAGGACUUCAAGAGGACCUCUGAGAGGUGGGUGUGUUACUCUUAACCACAUCUCGCCUAUAAACACAUCUCCCCUAUAACCACAUCUCACCUAUAAACACAUCUCACCUAUAACCACAUCUCACCUAUAACCACAUCUCACCUAUAACCACAUCUCACCUAUAACCACAUCUCACCUAUAAACACAUCUCACCUAUAACCACAUCUCACCUAUAAACACAUCUCACCUAUAACCACAUCUCACCUAUAAACACAUCUCACCUAUAACCACAUCUCCCCUAUAAACACAUCUCCCCAUAACCACAUCUCACCUAUAACCACAUCUCACCUAUAACCACAUCUCCCCUAUAACCACAUCUCACCUAUAACCACAUCUCACCUAUAACCACAUCUCCCCUAUAACCACAUCUCCCUACACAUCUCACUAUAAACACAUCUCACCUUAACCACAUCCUCAUCACCAUAACCACAUCUCACCUAUAACCAACAUCAUCACCUAUAACCACAAUCUCACCUAUAACCACAUCCACAUACAAUCACCUAGAACCACACAUCCACCUAUAACCACAUCUCACCUAUAACCACAUCUCAUCAAUAAACACAUCUCACCUAUAAACACAUCUCCCCUAUAACCACAUCUCACCUAGAACCACAUCUCACCUAGAACCACAUCUCACCUAUAACCACAUCUCACCUAUAACCACAUCUCCCCUAUAACCACAUCUCCCCUAUAACCACAUCUCACCUAUAACCACAUCUCACCUAUAACCACAUCUCACCUAUAAACACAUCUCACCUAUAACCACAUCUCGCAUGGGCUACCUCUGUCUGUCUGCCUGUCACAAGAGAUUACAGUAUAUAUCUUGUAAACCUGUUGACAAGUGAACCUUCUUCUGACAGGACUCGGGUGACAGUGCAGGAGCCGGAGGAGGUGUCAGGAGCUCUGCUGGACGUGGCCAAACACCUGGGCUGUCUCAACUACAGAGUCUGGGAGAAGAUGCAGGACAUCAUUACAUACAGUGAGUAGAGGAAGACCAUAAGAUCACAAUAGAUGUGCAAAUAAUGUGUUUUGAGUACUGUAGGAAUGAUUAACUCAAUGUACUCUCUCUCAGUCAUGAAAAUGUAUGCAUUCACUAACUGUAAGUCGCUCUGGAUAAGAGUGUCUGCUAAAUGACUAAAAUGUAAAUGUAUAUGUAAUCAAUAAUUCUCUCUCGCUCUCGCUCUCGCUCUCGCUCUCUCUCUCUCAAUCAAUCUCUCUAUCGCUCUCUCUUGAUCUCUCUUGCUUUCCCUCCCUCCCUCACUUCCAGCUCCUGUGACUCUGGACCCCAACACAGCUGAUAUCUGCCUGUCUCUGUCUGAUGAUCUGACCAGCCUGCGGUACACAGAGGAGGAGGAGCGUCUCCCUGACAACCCAGAGAGGUUCUGUUACUAUGAGUGUGUUCUGGGUUCCGAGGGCUUCAUCUCCGGACGACACACCUGGGACGUGGUGGUGGGGGUGAACAGCGAGUGGGCUGUGGGCGUGGCACGGGAGACGGUCCCGAGGAAGGAGUGGUUCCCCCCGAGCCCAGGUACCAUCUCCUGCCAUUGUGCCAUUGAGCAAGACACAUUACUUAAACAAAAAAAACCAGCUCUCCAUCCAGGUGGCGCUGCUCCGUGGCUGACCCUGUGCCAAUCAAUGUGAACGUGUGUAUGUGUGGCGGUUGAGUUAGGCACAAAUACAUAUUUUCUCAAAUGGACAAUAAAGUAUCUAUUCCAUUCUAUUCUAUUCUAGAGAGGGGCCUGUGGACCAUCUGUUACUAUGGAGGUGAAUAUCACGCCCGCACAGCCACCGCCACCCCCCCCUGGUCCUGAAGAGAAGGCCCCAGGAGGUCAGAGUGCAGCUGGACUGGGACAGAGGCAGGGUCACCUUCUCCGACGCCUCAGACAACACGCUCAUCUACAGGUUCAAACACAAGUUCACCCAGAGAGUGUUCCCUUACUUCUCCAACACCUGCAAGAGACAUCCUCUGAGGAUCUCAGCCGGGAAGGUGUCAGUUACAUCAGACUAG